AAGGAAGAAGUGGUCAAGUCCUGUGUCUCCCUCCCGGAGCUGAAUGCUCAAGUCUUCUGCCACAGUUCCAAAAACAUCACAAAAACCGAGUGCUGCUACACAGACUUCUGCAACAACAUCACCCUCCGCCUGCCCAUAGCUGUAUCCCUGAUGGCUUUGCUUGAACCUCCAGAUCCUUCAGCAGGCUUUUCCCAGAUGAUUUCUGAAUGUCCUGAAAGGGAUGGUGGAGUCUGCAGUCAUGGUGGAGGCUGGAGAAACUUGAUUUUAGUCUCUAGUCCAAAUUAUGUAUUUUUGAAAUUGUUUAAAAAUAUCCUGUAGAUCUGAUUAGAGCUCUGCAUUAGAUACAAUACAUUUUCUUACAGCAUUGGAAAGAAUACAUAUUUUUUUUUUUCCACCUGAGUAGUUUAGGAACUUAAAUAUGAAUAGUUUAGGACUUUUAUAAGUCUUAAGGUUGCCAUUAUAUGUUAAAAAACAGGCAAAUGCCGUGUGUGAAAAUGUCUUUUCUGUUGGAGGGAAAAUAACUUUUUUUUUUUUCUUUUUUCUUUUUUUUCUCCUGCCUAAAAGCACUCUUCUAUUUACACAACUUGGAAUAUAACUGUACCAUAUUGUGAAAUUGCUGAAGAUUGCCAGAUGUGCUAUUUUUGUUUCAUACAUGGCAACAUGUCUUCAGGGUCUAUUCUUGAUCAGUAAGACAUUGAAUAAUACAUUAGACAUAAGAUUGCAAAACAUUUUGAUUAACGGUGUUGAUUUAAUAGUUUUAGGUAGUCAUGAGAGAUUUUCUUAUUUCCCAAAGUGUUUAACAUUGCACAACUGCCGUAAACAUUACCACACUUAUUUGGUGCUUUUGUCUCAAAUUACUGUUUGUACCUUGUGUGCUGUGUGUUUUGCUCAUCGCUCCUCCGGCACACGGCGUUGCUGUGGGAAGCCCCAGGGGCUGGCGGUGUCCCAGCCCGCAGCAGCAGGCUGCAGGGCACGGGCGCGGUGCUGCUGCAGGAUGCCAUGCCGCAGGGGGUCAGCACUUGAAGACGGCCUGCAACGGAACGCGAAGCAGAAAGCACAAGGCUGGGAAUUCCCAAGGCUCCCGUGUGUGCUCUGUGAAGAACUGGAAGGGGUUUGAGUAGUUGCCAGCAGCCUUGAUCUACGCUUUGGUACAGCCAGGAGACUAAGGGAGGACAAAUGUGGUCUCCAGCUGACUCCUUCCAAGAAACUUCUCUAGACAGUCAGGAUCUCUUCAUUUCCCAGGAACUUGGUGGAGACCCUGUGCAAACCGCCCCGGAUGCCUCAGCUCGCAGUCUCACUGCUACCUCGCCUCCUGCAUCUGAGCACUCUCAGCUUAAGCAGCAUCCCAGAGGAGUCCUGUGUGCCACCUGUGACAUCCAAGCUUGCAAGGGAACUCACAAGGCUUGAAAGAAAAAAACUAAAAAGGAACUAAAUGGAAGAUUUUGAAGAAGUUUGCUUCUGGCAAGCAUGGUGCUCUAGAAUGGAGGAUGCUGUGAAAAUGGACAAAAGGGAAGGACCAGGAGGGGGACACGUGGGAGCAGUGAAUGUACUUGAUGGGAAGGGGCAGAAGUGGGCUGGCAGGAGACCAUGUGGUGAUGAAGUAAAACGUCUGCCUGGCAAAAGCAGGCGUGUGCAUGCGAUGAAGGUUUGCAGACAGGAGCAGGAGGCGCGGGUGAAGAACGUCCCAUCAGGACUACUGCUUGCUUUGCCUCCCGUAGCCAUUCCAUGUGGGCAGCACCCACAAGCAUGGCAGGUGCCUAAGGUCACUUGCAACUGGAGCAAAUAUUUCAUAGGAGGACCACCUGUCACGGCUUCUUGCAGGAAGGGAGGAUUGCCACGUCAGCUCGUGGGCACUGAGCUUGUGUGCCCGUCUCCAAAGACCGCACAUGGAAACACCUCCUUUCUGAAAUGCUCCUCCUGCAGCUCGACUGUUGCUGUUCAAAGCCUCAUGAGUUGUUUGUUUUUUUUUUUUUUCUUUUUUCUUUUUUUUCUUUUGAUCUUAUUUGCAUGGGCCUAAGGACAAUAAAGUUGUAUGUUUUCUCAUUUUAUGUUGUUUUUCAGCAGUUGGUGAAGGAAUGGGUAUCUCAAAGUGCCUUGUGCAUGUUUGUCUUUACCAGCCCCUGCUGACAGACAGUGAAUGUGCUUAGGUCUAUGCAUGGGGGCAUCGAUUUGGGCAAUGCACUGGAAGUCCUGUGUUUUGUACACCAACCACCCAAACCACUGCUCCUUGCCCUGACUCUUUGCACCAAGUGCACAGCUUUCCAUGCAGCUGGGCAGCCCUCGCCAGGGUCCAGCACACACAAAGUCAUACAUGGAGCAGUGAGCAGCUGCUCAGCCCGGUGUGCCUGCGCAGCAGGAAUGGCCCCACAGUGCCCAGAGCCAGCUGCGGCACCAAAGUUCAUGAGAUAAAGGAUACCUGCUUUCUGCACUUCAGCAGUCCUCCGGAGGAACUUUCUGGCAUGUGGAUGCAGUCAAAAACAGCUUAGGAAAUCACAGCGCAUCGGUUAACGAGCAGCAGCCACGAGGAAGCAUCCUGCCUGCAAAUCCUCUUAUGAAUCUGCCAGCUAACCCUGUGAACAUCCUGCUGAGGACUAUUAAAGGAAAAGCCCGUGGGCGAGAUGUAGUGACUUUGCUUUCAGAAUGGUUUGAAUUGUAUUCUGUGAAUAGACACGGGUCUGUUGUUAACUUUUUGUUUAUUUUCUUUUCUUUUCUCACUUAUUCAAGUGCAUUGUGUUAAAAAUGUAAGGGAGAGAAGAAAAAGGACCAAAUCAACUUUGCACAGCUAACUGCUGAUCCUGGCACUUCUGAAUCAUGGAGUGCAUGCCUUGAUACUGUCAUUUGAAGAAAAACUGCUUCAGUCAUAGUAUUAACUGGAGGAAAGUAAGUGUCCGUACUGAGAGCCAGGGAACUCGUCAGGCUUCUGAGACUCCAGAGCAGUGUGUGAGCUGCAGAGUGCUUCUGUGCAGUGCCUCAGCUGCUCCCAAACUGCAGCACACUCACUGCCUAGCACUUUCUGAAAGGGAAAGAGGGCCUUUUUUCUUUUCUAGAAAUACUACAGGAGUGACGUUGUAUGGUAUGAAGUUGAUGAUUCUUGAAUCUUCUAUAGCCUUUAGGCCCACGAUUUGGAACUUGUGAUUCAGUGUGCUUUGAUUCAGUGGUUGUUGUUUUUAGCUUAUUCACAAUUUUGCAGGCAUUAAGGAGACCAUGUGCAAGUAAACACUGUAAUAAUGUAUUCCUGCAGCAUCUUGGUAUGUUUUUUACCCCUGUAGAUUUAAAUUGGAAAGUGAUGUAGAACAGUCCCCGUUUCUUGACACUUGUCAAACAUAAUUUUGUGAACACAAGUUUCAAAAGUGUUCUGUCUCAGAAAUCCUUUUGUUGCCUCAUUACUAGGUCUCUGUAUUCCCCUACGCAUUCAGUGUUAGGGAAGCAGCUUUUCCAAGGAUUCGGUUUUGGCUGGGACAGUGCAUUGAGAAAUCUGUACACGAGCCGUUAGGAGAGGGAAGGGCACGGUGCUGCCGGCAGUGGAGCUGAUCGGGUGUGUGGCACCUCUUGGUUGUGCUGGGUGUGGGGCCGAGUCUCAGCCAUGCUGUGGGUGCCUCACACCCGGCCUGAGCCAGGGCAGCCCUGGCACCGGGCUGUGCUUUGGUCUGCCCUGCUGCCAGCUUGCUGGGCCGGUCCUGUCUCCUCAUCCAUGGUGUUUGUGGUGGCGCUGGUCAGUGGUAACGCGGUGUUGGCCUGAGCCCAAGGUACACGCAAAGACGUGUGCGGGGAAAGCCUCAGCAGCAUGCAGAGCCUUGGUCUGUCCUGCUGCCAGCAGGACUCGGGGAAAUAAUGAAACCUUGAUGCCUCGUCUGCUCAGCAGUCCCUCACUCACUGUCUGUUUUCCCCCACCCUUCCCCUUGUCUCUCCCCAAAGCGUCCGAGUCCCCCAGCCGUGCCAGCGCAGGGCCCGUGGUGCUGGCGGUGACGGUGGCCGUGCCCGUCUGCGUCCUGUCCCUCGUGGCGGUGCUGGCUGCCUGCGCCUGCCAGGGCCGGCGCUGCGCCUACGGCAGGAAGAAGCAGCCCAACGUGGAGGAGCCGCUCUCCGAGUGCAACCUGGUCAGCUCGGGCAAGACGCUCAAGGACCUCAUUUACGACAUGACCACGUCUGGCUCCGGCUCCGGCUUACCUCUGCUCGUACAAAGAACAAUUGCAAGGACUAUCGUUCUGCAGGAAAUCGUGGGAAAAGGCCGCUUUGGCGAAGUCUGGCGUGGAAAGUGGUGUGGGGAAGAUGUUGCCGUGAAAAUCUUCUCCUCAAGAGACGAGCGGUCGUGGUUUCGGGAGGCAGAGAUUUAUCAGACGGUUAUGCUGAGACAUGAAAAUAUCCUGGGCUUUAUUGCUGCUGAUAACAAGGAUAACGGGACCUGGACCCAGCUGUGGCUCGUCUCCGAGUACCACGAGCAAGGGUCCCUGUUCGACUACCUGAACAGGGGCACGGUGACAGUGGAGGGCAUGGUGAGGCUGGCACUGUCCAUCGCCAGUGGGCUGGCACACCUGCACAUGGAGAUCGUGGGCACGCAGGGCAAGCCAGCGAUCGCACACAGAGACCUGAAAUCCAAGAACAUCCUGGUGAAGAGGAACGAGAGCUGUGCCAUCGCAGACCUGGGGCUGGCUGUGAAGCACGACUCCGUGCUCAACACCAUCGACAUCCCGCAGAACCCACGGGUGGGGACGAGGAGGUACAUGGCUCCUGAGAUACUUGAUGAUGCGAUGAACACAAACAUCUUCGAGUCCUUCAAGCGUGCAGACAUCUACUCUCUUGGGCUAGUCUACUGGGAGAUAGCACGAAGGUGUUGCGUUGGAGGAAUCACUGAGGAAUACCAGCUGCCUUACUAUGAUGUUGUGCCUUCUGAUCCGUCGAUAGAAGAUAUGAGAAGGGUAGUUUGUGAGCAGAAGCUCAGACCAAAUAUCCCAAACCAGUGGCAAAGCUGUGAGGCACUGCGAGUGAUGGGCCGGAUAAUGCGCGAGUGCUGGUACGCUAACGGAGCCGCCCGGCUGACUGCGCUGCGCAUCAAGAAGACAAUUUCACAGCUCUGCAUGCAGGAAGACUCCAAAGCCUAACAGAACUCCUUGGAGGAAGACGGGAAUGCAUUCUUCUGUUCAUCUUUUAACAUGUGAUAUUAUUUUUAUUUUUGGUCUACCUCACAUAAUGUGGUUCAGUAUUUAAGUGCCCGGACCAGAGCACUGACAUCUAGCUUCAUAGUUGGCCGCUGGGAGGGGCAGCUUUUGACCUGUAGUUCUUGUUUGGUACAGCAAGUCCCUGGGUUGUGCGGGUUUUCUAAAGUAUUUUAGAUACUAGGUUGAAUGGCAGAAAGGAGCUUUAAACACUACCACAGUGUAAAAAUACCUUUUGCUAUUGUGCUUUUUACUUUAGUCAAAACCCAAAACUUACUGCAAACAGCCAGGAUUGGUUAAAGUGUUUGCAAGAAAAACCACACAUUUUAACCUCAAAAGAAGUAAAAGACCAAAUUUAAUCAAGCUUUUUACAUAUUUCUACACAGGAAUCUGAAAAGGGGCUAUAAAUAAAAUGAAUUUUUAAAUACUGUAUUUAUCAAUACCUAAGUGAAUAAGAUGAAAAUUCUACUAAGCGUGUAUAUUGUGAACAAAAGUAUCUAGUUGUUUUUUUAAAUAACUUUUGUUUUUAUUGUCUUGAUUUCAUGUAUAUUGUUAUAGUUAGGAUUUGGAAUUAUUUUGUUCUUUUCAUCUGUGUUGAACUUAUUGAUCAAGAGCCAAUUUUUCUUUUUAACAAUUAGUAGGAAAAACAAUGCAGGCAAUAAUAUUCUGAUAGGUACAUAGGGAUGGAACGGGAGAAAUUUUACUGUAGCUGAGAAAAUGUAUAUUUUUAAACAGCAUCUUGCCAAUCCAUCAUUGGUAAUGUUUUGUAGUGCCUUUUGAUGUUUUAGGGAGAAGCUUUGACAAAGCUGGUUCUUGGAAAGCAGCGGAAGCCUGCCAGAACAGCUCGCUUCCCGUGGUGGCGACGUGUGCAAUGAGCCCACCUCGCCACCGCUGCCGCCACCACCAUGAAGCUCAGGUGUGUGGCCGUGCACUGGGCUGUCCUGUGGCUUUGGGGUUAGUGUGCUCCCUGCCACCCGAGUUUUGACGCCUGACACUGCUGUUCCCGAUGUACCUGUGCUCUGGACUGGGUCGCUGUUUUCUGUCACAGCCUAGGUACCUGAUCAAAUGUAACUGUGAAGUGCUGAUGUGCUUGCAAAAAGUCAGUGCAGCCUAUUCAGAAGUUUCCUAUGAAUUUCUGUAGUAGCACCAGGUUGGUGGAAAGUGUCAACGUCCCUAAUCUUAUUUCCGUAGUACUGCAAACUAUGGAAAGCAGGGUGUCUUCAAAAUGCCCCCAUGUUCUGGCAUUGUGUGACUUCUGUCACAGUCUGUGCUCCACACAUUUGAAUAUAUCAUUCUAGUGUUUUUAGUUGCCAGCAUUAUAUAUUUCACAAAUAUUUUGUUUCUUCAGGUGUUUAAAUCUAGGCAGUCCAUGGAAGUUAAACCCAGAGAUGUCUCCAGAGUAAAGCUUUGCAAAAAUUUGGUGUAGCACCCACUUACUUCUGUGGAAGCAAGCUAUUAGCUGAUUAUGGUAUUUAAGAUCAAGCUUUGAUAUGAAACUUCUUGAACAGGGGCUUCUACAUGGAAGAAUGGUUUGAACUUUCAGUGACUGGGAUGUUGGUAGUAUCAAUGUCACAUGGUUCAUCCUGAUGCACAAACUCUAGGACAUUACGGACUCUUAGGGGUGUUAGUUGCCACAUACACAGGCUCCAGUGAAACUUCCCUUCUUGUAUAACUUUUAUUCGUUUCUGCUUGUGUUAAUGCAAGUCUUUGCCUCAUGUUAUGGUCUGUUAGCUGAAUGGUGAAGAACAUUUCUACCAGAUUACUAGUGGAUUUUUUUUUUCUGGUAUGCUUUCUGAGAUGUAAUCAAAGUUGUCUGAUUUAAUUCUUAAAUGCUUCAACUGCAUGAGGUAUACCAGGAGAGUUCAACAGGUGUAUGAAGUGGGAAAAGGCAACUUCUCAUGCAUUGAAAUCAGCUUGCGUUGAAAUUGUAGAAUAGGGUGUCUGAGAUCAAUAGCAGUGGAAUAGAGUAACUGCAAGCACUGUGCUGAUAGAGGGCUGCUUCUUCAAAGCAUUUAGGCUGUGUGGGUGAGAUGAGCUGUUCAGAACUGCUUUAGCACUCGGGAAGGUGCCUGGGUGAAAUGGGCAGUCUUUCCAAAACUCUCAACACUGACAGAUCCAGUUAGUUUCUGUGCUGAGGAAAGAGAAUCAAAUAUUUGUGACUAGCCAGAGCAGAGUGUUAAAAUGUGCUCUACAAACAGUGUGCCCGAACAAAUAACAGCGAGGAGAACAUACCAAAGAGUAAAGCUACUGAAGUUUCAGAGCCGUCUUACUGGGCCGCCUGAUGUUACACAGUGGAUGUGAACCAUUACCCUAGGAACUUUAAAAAUUGCUGCAGUGUAUUUUUGAACGUCUGCUACUCACAGGAUGGUGUGGCAGCACAAAUUGCAGCACUGCUUACAAAUAUGGAAGUUGUAAAUCACAAAACACAAAUAAUACUUUGAAAUAGCACUGAAAUAACUGAAGGAAGCAAUCAGAAAACAAAGAGUUCCAUAAGUAAAAUGCAGCAGAAGCCCUUUUGUGUGAGGCACACCCAGCCCUGCAUUGGCGGCAUGGUUUGCAGCUGAGCGGGCUCGUGGUGGCAGGGAGCAGCAGUGUGAAGGAACCGCCUCAGCAGUGGUGCUGGUGGUGUCUGCAGCAGCUGUGAGAUGUGAGGACUCAUGAGUGGAAAGUUGAUCAGUUGCUGUACAAAAUGUACGCGAUGCAAGAUGACCAAGGGAGACAUUAAGGUUACCUAAUACGACAUUUAAAAUACAUAUUUUUUUUCCCUAAAGGGGAGACAGUCAUUGAACUUCAUGGGGAGAAUGAUCAGAAUACUCUGUAAGGACUUUUCCUUCGUUUCAAAUUCACUAAUAUGCACUUUUUUUUCCUAUAUUAUCCUUUGAAAGUAUCUGCGCCCUUGAAGCAUAUCAGAUCACUGUUGCUGGGGCUUUUUUUUCCCUGUAAGUUUGAUUGCACACUGUUAGAAUUUGGUGUCUAUGCAGAAGCUCCUCUCGGUCAGGACUUGUGCUAGACUGAAGUCUCACUGUGAAAUUAAAUAUUGGGCUUUUGGGUGUUAGGCCGCUGGGCAGCCCCUGUGGUGACCUGCUGUGGGGCACAGCAAGGAGAUGCUUCUGCUUCUCCUCUGUCAUUUGCCCUGGAUCACAGCCUGCUCCUCCUACUUGUUUAUUCCAGCCUGGCUUCGGACACCAGAAUAACCAACAUACACAACUUUUUAUUAGUUGAAAAUGCCACUUUCUUCUUGUUUUUUUUUUUCAGGCAUAUGUGGUAGUGGAUCUUAAUGUUAUGGUUUUUCAGUUUUCCCCAUAGAGUCCCUGCAAAUCACUGUCCUGGAAUUUGAAAAAGCCUGCUUUGGAGCCAGGGGAAGCUCUGCUGGGCUGGAUAGUAGGCUGGCUUGGUCGCAGCUCCUGCCUGUCAACACUUCAAAUCUUGUCCUGUGUGUAUCUUGUGGCACGAGAAGCUAUGGUCUGUUUUUCCUCGCUAUUCAUUUUGCUCAGUAUUUUUGCAUUGACUUUAUUUUUGUUUUGAGAGGUAAAUACAUAUUUUAGUAAACCAGAGUUAAACAUAACAGAGCCAAGUGGCUAAUACUGUUGUAUUGGGCUUUAAAAUAUUUGUAAACCAUGUGCUUCUUUUAAAAACAAAACAAAACCUUUGUUUUAGUUGCCUUUUCUCUCCAUGUAGAUGUGUCAUGUUCAAAUUUAAAAAUAGAACUUAUACUGAGCUAUUUCUUUGCUCAUUUAGGGAGCCUUUGGUUUCUAAAGAGAGAGAUUAGUAUGUUUCCUGCUAAUCUCCAGUUAAAGCACAAAUUCUGAAGCUCACAGAAUUUUUCAAGCUUGAUGAUGCUCAAGGCUAGUGACCAUAGUUAGCCCUUCCUAAAUGAUUCUUCUAGUUUGGGGGAAUUACUAUUUUUUAAUUUACUUGUAAUAACAACCCUAAAACUUAAUGCAUGGAACAAGAAUUGAAAGGGAAAGUUAAUUAAUGAACUUUUUCUCUUGAGCCUAUUUUUUUGUCUCCUUAAGUCUUCCCCCCACAAAAAUACCCUAUGAGAAAUUCAAACUGUAAUCUCUUUUGCACUUUGCCGUUUUAAUAGUCAUUUGCACUUAACCAAGAUCAUUCCCUCAUGUAAUCCUGUAUUUUAGCCAUUGUUAGGUCCCUUUUUUUUUUUUUGGGAGGGGGGUAUACAUUCAGGAAUUAUAAAUAAAUGUGUGUAGAAGCAUAUCUAGUCCCCACAACAGGUCUUGACGUUGGACAGCACAAUAUCUUCUUGCUGUCUGUUCCUGCCAGGAUCUCCUGUGACCAGAGAUGGGCUCUGGCUGCCCUCAGUCCCCAGCACAUCCUAAUGGGAAGGAAGGUUUUUGUUUGUUUGUUUCACAUGUUGCUUGUUGAGGACAGUAUCCUACAAGUGCCUCACCACGACAUGGAAGUGCUGGGCACCAGUGCCCCUUGCUGUGGCAAGUAUUGCUUGGGUAGGGCAUGCAGUGGUCCCGCCAACACAGUAGAGUCCCUUGAGAGGGCCAGUGGGAAGACACACGGGUCUCAGCCAACAGGAACAAAUGCGUGAGUGUGUUUUUGUGCAGUGGUGUGUGUUUAUGAAUGCCGAGACUCAAAGCUCCCGCUCUGGUUUAGCAUCAGUUCCGCAGAGCUCUCCUUGGCCAGCCAGCAGAGCGCCGUGCCCCCUCCUGCAGCAGCUCCUGGGGACGGGGCAUCGCGAGCGGCGUGUCUGUCACCUGAAGCCAUACGGUGGGCACUGCCGUGUCGCGUUGUGGUACUCCGCUAGGUGUAAGCCUUUAGGGAAAGAUGUCCGUGUUCUGUUCGAACAGGCAGCACAAUUUAUGAAUGUACGGGGAGGGGGGAGGGGGUAGAGCAGGGUGAAAGCAUUAAGAGGUACAAUAUAUUUCUACAGAAUAUAAGAAAUGUGCAAUAAAUUGUAACCAAAGGCUAUGAAUGUAUUUUUGGCAUAAAUAGACUGAAUGUAUUUUGAAUGUAGCUAUCACAUUUGUGUCUAAAUCUGCUGUGGUUUUCAGUCCCCAAAGAGAAAUGUGUAGUGUUCUGUCAAUCUAAAAAAACCCCAGCUUGUCGUCUUUUUUUUUUUUUUUUUUUUUUUUUAAAGAAGCAUUAAUAUUUUAUCUGGAAGUACUGUAAUAUUUUAGAACUUAGUAUAGCAGUAAAGGGAUGAAAUUCAGUCUACGUAUUGUGAAAUACCUAAUCUAGUGUAUAUUGCAGCAAGUUAUUUUUAAAACUAUUGCUCAAGUUACUGCUUGAAAUCUCAGCUGCCCCUGGAUGUAAAUAAUUUGUUGAAAUGUUGUAUUUUGUAUGCAUAUUUUACAUACCAAUAUACUUUCAGAAAAAUGUGGAGAUUUUAAUAAAUUAAGCACACUCUGUCGCUGUGUUCCCAUGAA